AUGACUUUAAAACGUCAACUCGCCACGGCAUUGAUCUGGCAGGCCUGCAUUGGCCUUGUAUCUUCCUCGAUUGUUUUACGAGGCGGUACUAUUAUUGGUUGGAAUAGCACAACAGAGUCCAUCGACGUCAUAAGAAACGGCACGCUUGUGGUCACAAACAGUUCCAUUACAGCCGUCUACGCUGCGGGCGAAGAGCCCGACAACAUCGCCGUUGUAUCAGAAAAUCAGACCUCGCCCGAGGUUAUCGAUGUUACUGAUAAGAUCAUCACUCCUGGCUUCAUUGACACCCAUCGACACGGCUGGCAGACAGUCUAUCGUACCCUUGGCUCCAAUGUCAGUCUUUGGGAGUAUCUCGGCCGUUAUAGCUCGUUCAGCUCCGAGGGCAGAUUCACCCCAGAUGACGUCUACAUAAGCCAGCUCACCGGCCUCUAUGAGGCUCUCAACGCUGGCGUUACUACCAUGCUUGACCACGCCCAUCACACGUGGUCCAACGAAACCUCCAAAGCUGGUCUACAGGCCAGCAUCGACAGCGGUGCCCGAGUCUUCUGGGCGCAUGCAUUUCAGGAUCUCCAGAAUUACACUAUUGAGGAACAGAUUGCCAACUUUAAGGAUAUCGCCAAGAAUGCAAUCUUUGACGGGACGCCCACCACACUCGGCAUAGCGUAUGAUGCUUUCUACUCUGACAAGGCCGACUUGAUUGUUUCGUUGACGAAGGAAUACAAUAUCUCAGCACUGACAACUCACUUCAUGGCCGGGCCGUGGGAUUCAGGAAAUGACCCCGAGGUUCUUGACAGAUUGGGUCUCCUAAACACCUCUCUUCCCGUUGUCAUCUCUCAUGGCAGCUACAUAAGUGUGAAACAGUACGAACUCCUACAACGUAACAACCAAUACUUAUCUAUCACCCCCGAGUCCGAGAUGCAUUACGGCCACCUCCACCCCACCUCCCAUCUCGCUCUUGAGCAGGCUGCACUUGGCAUCGAUGCGCAUUUUACAUACUCCACCGACAUUCUCACCCAAGCCCGUAUGUGGUUGCAACGUGUUCGCGCCGUCUUUUACGCCACCACCUCCGACGCCUGGCAGAUCGCAAUGAACAACCCUAUGUCGGUUAACCAGGCCUUCUACCUCGCCACGCGGUCCGGCGGCCUCGCUCUACGCAGGCCAGACCUUGGAAUCAUCGCCCCUGGUGCGAAGGCAGACCUUGUUGUCUGGGAUGGCACCAGCCCCGGGCUUCUCGGCUGGGUUGAUCCCGUAGCUGCCGUUAUCUUGCACGCCAGCGUAGCGGACAUUGAACACGUUCUCGUUGACGGCCGCUUUGUGAAGCGAAACCGCGUAUUGACCGCACCGAACUAUCAGGACGUUAAGAAGCGCUUCCUCAAGAGUGCAAGGAGGAUCCAAGAUGUCAUGAUCAAUACCCCUUUGCCGAUAUCUGAGCCAGGAGAGAAAUCCAUCUUCGGUGCGCCGCUAGAGUAUGCGCCAGUGGCUGACGUUGAGCGCGGGAACGGAACUGGAUAUGGGCCCAACUGGUUGAGCCUUUAA